GCUUUGUGGCGGGGAGGCGCCAUGACGGCGAACGAAGACCAAGAGAUGGAGCUAGAAGCAUUACGUUCUAUUUAUGAAGGUGAUGAGUGUUUUAAGGAACUUAGCCCUGUUUCAUUUCAAUAUAGGAUAGGUGAUAAUGGAGAUCCUAAAGCCUUCUUAAUAGAACUAUCUUGGCCAGAAACAUAUCCACAGACAGCUCCAGCCAUAUCUAUGGAUGCGUUCUUUAAUAAUGCAAUAUCCUCAGCCAUAAAACGAAGUAUAUUGAAUAAAUUAAAGGAAGAAGUUGAAGUUAACCUUGGAACCUCAAUGACCUAUACAAUUUUUGAAUAUGCCAAAGAUAACAGAGAGCUGUUCAUGGAAAAUCAACCCAUUAAUACUGUGACAGCAUUAAACAACUGCAUCUCAGCUGGCCAUCCUGAUACAGCCCAACCAAGUAAGAAAAAAGAGAAAAAGGAACAAUUGUCCAAAACACAAAAACGGAAGCUAGCAGAUAAAACAGAUCACAAAGGAGAACUUCCUCGAGGAUGGAAUUGGGUUGAUGUAAUCAAGCUAAGCAAAACAGGCUUCAAGGAUGAUGAAUAAGAAAACUUUGAUAUAGGAAAACAUCAACUUUAUUACAGCGUGAUCUGGAGA